UCGCCGCCAGGUUCAGGGUGGGGAAACCUGAGUCAGCCUGCACGGCAGACGAGUUGGAUUUAGUUUUGCACCGACUGCGACAACAUCAUGAAGCGACUUCUCUUGCUUCUGGCCAUCGUCUACGUCGCCAAUGCGACAUCAGUCAGAUCCUGCAGGCAAGGAGUCAAAUAUUUGAGCGACGAUGUGCAAAUCACCAAUUGCACUGCGCCACCAUGCAAACUGAAGCAGAAGACCAAAGUUGGCGUCAGCAUCAAACUUCGGCCAGAGAAAGACAUUCCAUUCCUAACCACGUCAGUUUUCGGCAUCAUCCUGGGACUGCCUCUACCCUUUGUCGGAGUAGACCAAACCAACGCUUGCCUUUACAUGUUCAAUCCCGACGGCAGCAAGGCCGGGUGUCCUCUCAAAGCUGGCAACGAAUACGUUUACAAGAACGAGUUUGAAAUCCUGGAAAUCUACCCCAAGAUCAAAGUGGAAGUGUUGUGGGCGCUGAAUGAGAAGCCUGACCAAGAACCGGAAAGAGGCAUUCACUGUUUCAAGGUGCAGUCCAGAAUUACCUCGUAAAAGUGUCGGACUUUGUGCAAAAAUGAAGACUGUUGUGUAUUCUGAAGUGGAUGGCUGGGCGCAACUUUGCAAUUCACCGCGGGCGACAACUUUUUGACGACGCACACAUUGUCGGAGAAAUCCACGCACGAAAGCUCGUUCUUUCUCUCUCUAGCCUAAUUAGCGCCGACGGAGCCACAUUUGCAACUUAUUUGCCUCUGAUGAACAACGCACCUCGAAAUAAAAUUAAGAGCUGCCAACCAGCCAACUACUUU